GCGAAACUGUCAAAUUUACAGAGAUGAAUGAAUGAGUAGUCCUGUAUACUACAUUAAUAUUUUGUUUUUCGUGUUUUAUUUACACUUUAAUUUUACAUUUACAUGUUUAGGUUUAAGUGAAAGAGUGCCUUGUCCAUAUAGUGAAUAUAAAUUAGUGCUGGAGUGAGAUAUAUUUGAGUAAUCAUGGAAGAUAUAUUUCAGUGGUGUCGUGAAGGAAAUGCCUUGCAAGUGAGGGUUUGGCUGGAUGAUAUCGAGCAUGACUUUAAUCAGGGUGAUGACCACGACUUCAGCCCUCUCCACUGGGCCUGUAAAGAGGGCCACCAGAAGAUCGUCGAGAUGCUAAUCAAGCGAGGAGCCCGGAUCAAUGUCACCAACAUGGGUGACGAUACACCGUUGCAUCUGGCUUCCGCACAUGGUCACCGGGCUAUUGUUCAGUUGCUCCUUCAAAACCGCGUGGACGUAAAUUUCACCAACGCACAUGGCAACUCCCCGCUCCACUAUGCCUGCUUCUGGGGCUAUGGGCCCAUAGCUGAAGACCUCGUCAUGGCUGGGGCCUUAGUGUCAUUGGCUAACAGAGAUGGAGACACACCACUGGAUAAGACUAGGGGCCAACUGGUUCAGAGACUCCACGAGCUAGCGAUCCAACAAGGGCAGGAGAUGAAGAAAAUCCAGUUCAAGGACCAGUCGUGGCUCGGGACGCGGACGCGGUCGAGGGACGCCACUCUGUCGCGGCACAAGGGCAUCAACAUCAGCGAGCUGUCGCUACACACGCGCAUGGCUGUCACACCCUCAGGUGAAACUUGGCGCGGCCGUUGGCAAAAGAAUGACAUCGUGGCAAAGAUCCUGGCCGUCCGCGAAUGCACGCCGCGUAUACAACGCGACUUCAACGAGGAAUUCCCUAAACUCAGGAUAUUCUCGCACCCUAACAUACUGCCCGUGGUGGGUUGCUGCACGUCCCCGCCGUCGCUCGUGGUGAUCUGCCAGUACAUGUCGUGGGGCUCGCUGUACGCGCUCCUCCACGGCGCCGGGCGCGUCGUCGUCGACGCCGCAGCGGCGCUCCGGCUAGCCCGGGACGUGGCCAAGGGCAUGGCGUAUCUGCACUCGCUACAGAAGGAUAGGGACCAUCAGCUGCCGUUGUAUCAGCUUAACAGCCGACAUGUCAUGAUCGACGAGGACAUGACAGCGCGCAUCAACAUGGCGGACUCGAAGUUCUCGUUCCAAGAGCGCGGGCGCUGCUACGCGCCGGCCUGGCAGGCGCCCGAGGCGCUGCAGCGCCCGCGCGCCAAGCGCAACGCCGAGGCCUGCGACAUGUGGAGCUUCGCCGUGCUGCUGUGGGAGCUGGCCACCAGAGAGGUUCCGUUCGCGGACCUAUCCCCAAUGGAGUGCGGCAUGAAGAUAGCCCUGGAGGGGCUCCGCGUGACCAUACCGCCGGGCGUGUCUCCGCACGUGGCCAAGCUCAUCCGCAUCUGCAUGAACGAGGACAUCGGCAAGCGGCCCUCCUUCAACAUGAUACUGCCCAUCCUUGACAAGAUGAACAAGUAAAUAACGCAAUUUUGUGACACAGAUUCAACUGCCCUCUUCCCCAGAACAAAACCCCAAAUAAUUAUUUUAACUGUCCGUGAGCAUAGUACAAAGUACUAGAAUACAGAGUUCUGAAAAAAAAACUGAUUUGACAUCGAAAAAACACAUUUGAACAAGUAAAAGCACGGUUUUGGGACACAGAUUUUCACUGCCCCAAAACAUGAUCCCAUAUAGUAAUUUACACUGUUUAUAAGCGUGAUACCCCAUUUGUAUUAUUAUGCCUAUUCUCGAGAAUAUUGACAAAUAAAACAAAACACAAUUGUAUGACAAAAAAAUCAACUGUCCUCUUCCCCAAAACAUUAUCCCAUAUACUCAUUUUCAUUGUCGUGAGCAUGGUAGUACAGAUGUAGUGCAUACUCUUAAUAGUUAACCAUCGUAUUUUCUCGGACACUUUGUAUUUGUCAUGCCACUUCAAAUAAUAACAGAACGUCUUGUACGGAGACUGACUAAAAUAGCAUGACAUGUUUGUUCGUUUCCGAAAAAUAAAAUAUAAAAUCAUCAUAAACUACAUCUAUACUAUAAUGCGUAUUCCCUAAUUAGGUAAUUUGGGGAAAUAUUACUGAGAUUUUACGUCUUGUACUUAUACAAUUUUUUUAAUGCAGAUACCCAAUGAUUUGACUUAUUCUUAAUUCUUAUUGAUUUUUUCUUACGAAUUCUUUAGUGUGUGAAUAAAUUUAAAUCUUCUAUAGUACAUUUUAAAUAUAAAAGUAGUUGGGGUUGUUGUUUUUAAUGAUUUUUAUAUAAGCAUUAAAAAUGGGUAUUUUUCAAGUGCCAUCUUAUACACUGAUAAUAUACAAAGUUUUAUAAAUAUGACGUAAGAAAUAAUAUUUCAUGCAAUAGUUAAAUAAUUAAAUCAUUGGUUUUUAUAUUUUUGACACAUCACUUGUUUUGUAACUGCCAGUAUUGUAAUUGUUGUUUUUGUAUUAAGUAAGGUUGUAUUUUUGUAUUCUUUUUUUUUUAUUAUUGAUGUAGGUAUCAAUGUUUUAUUGAAUACUUAACGUAAAUUUAUAUAAAACUAUAAAAUCUAAUUUUAACAUAAAUGAAGCUAAAGAUUUCUUUUAAAACUAAAUGCUAAGUAUUUUCUGUUUUCAUAGCUAAAAGAUGUUUCUGAAAUCUUAUAAAACAUUUAACUAGGUGCUAUUAUAAUAAAUGCCUGUACUUAAAAGUUCAGAAAUUACUUGAAAAUACUUUAGGGCCAUUUUCAUACUCAGAAUCGCGAGGUCUUUCGACCCUGAUAGGAGAAAAAAAAUGUCCCAAGAUUUUCAUACAUUUUUCAAACCUUCCAUUCAUUCCACCAUACAAAAUGUAUGAAAAAAUGGUAACGGAAUGGGAAAAAACCAUAGGACACUUUUUUUCUUCUGUUAGGAUUGAAAUAGCUCGAGAUUCUGAGUGGAAACCACAUAAAAAAUUCUAAAUCCAAAACAGAUUUUAUAAUCCAAUUUUGAAGGAUUCCACCAAUACCAAUUUAUACCUAAUACCUAUACAUUGAAAUAGCUAUAAGAUUAACAUGAAUCUCUAAAUAACAAAAUAUACAUUUAUACAUUAAUGUAUAAUAGAAAAGGGUUACUUCCACUACCUAUUUACCAUGAAGUUAUGUGGUAAGUGACUAGGUGGUAACAACUGAGAACUGACUUGUAAAAAAAAUCCUAAAAGAGUUUGCCAGUACUGCAGGUACAUCAAGAUCAUAUUUUAAAAAAUAUGGGUGCCAGUAACUUAACUAAAAAGAAAGUAUGCAUGAAUUCUUAGAAUUUGGCACCUUAUUCUUUGAUCUUUUUCUAAGUUGUUACUCCACUGACAAUUUUGUGGUAAAUAAAGAAAAUACAUAAUUGCCAAUUAUUGCUUGUAGUGUAGAUGUUAUGUAUACUGUUGUGCUUGUAACUUUGUGCCUUACAUUGACUAAAAUGUAAUAAUUAUGAAUUGUAAAUCUAGUUAAAUGGUAUAUUAUUUCUAACAGUGAUGGAUGUGGUACUAAAUAAUUAUUAAAAUUAGUGCUAUUUUGAUGUGAAAUGAAAUUAAUUUAUGUUACAAAUAUAUUAUAUGAUUAACUUAUGAAAAGUUUACAU